CGGUGCCUGCGAUCCGGGGCGUGGAAUUUGCGCCGGCCACCGCUACCCGGGCCUGCGUCCCUUCGCCUGCGCUGUCGCCUCCUGCCCGGGAGCUGCAGCAUGGGGCCCCUGCCGCGCACCGUGGAGCUUUUCUACGAUGUGCUGUCCCCCUACUCCUGGCUGGGCUUCGAGGUCCUGUGCCGAUACCAGAAUAUCUGGAACGUCAACCUACAGCUGCGACCGAGCCUCAUCGCGGGGAUCAUGAAGGACAGUGGAAACAAGCCGCCAGCCCUUCUUCCCCGCAAAGGACAGUACUUGACAAGGGACAUAAAGCUCCUGGGACAGCAUUUCCAGGUUCCCCUCCACAUCCCCAAGGAUUUCUUGACUGUGAUUCUCGAAAAAGGAAGCUUGUCUGCCAUGCGAUUCCUCACCGCCGUGAACUUGGAGCAUCCAGAGCUGCUGCAGAAAGUGUCCAGGGAGCUGUGGAUGCGCGUCUGGUCACGAGACGAGGACAUCACCCAGCCCCAGAGCAUCCUGGCAGCUGCGGAGAAGGCUGGUAUGUCUGCAGAACAAGCCCGUGGACUUCUAGAUACCAUCUCCACACCCAAAGUGAAGAACCAGCUCAAGGAGACCACCGAGGCAGCCUGCAAAUAUGGGGCUUUUGGGCUGCCCAUCACUGUGGCACAUGUGGAUGGCCAGACCCACAUGUUAUUUGGCUCUGACAGGAUGGAGCUGCUGGCACACCUGCUGGGGGAGAAGUGGAUGGGCCCCGUGCCGCCAGCCCUGAAUGCCAGGCUUUAACAGGACCUGGAAGUAAACUGUUGGUGUGAAAGGCUGGCCAACUGCUUAACCCAGCCACUGGAGGCACUAGGACAUGGCAGUCUUCCUGAUGGAGGUAUCCUCUGUGGCCCUGGGGACUGCCUCACCCCAGAAGGAUGCAAGCGGGGGCUACCGUACCCUGUGGGCUGCCCUUGCCUCUGCCUCAAAGUGCCUUUAGGAUAGCCCCAGGUUCUGCUUCCACACAAUAAACCUAACGCUAUCAGGCAGAA